AUGCACGCGGGUUCGUUGCUGCUCGGAGCGUCGACGCUCCGGGGUCUUCCUCCCGGGGCGUCGUCCCCGCGCGAUGUCCCGGUUCGGUCGGUCCGCGCGCUCGCACAUCCGCGCGCCGCGUCCGUCGACGACGCCUCGACGUCCUCCGACGUCGCGACGGGGCUGGGCGCGAGAUCUUCGCGGGGCGAUUCGACGGGUAGGAAAGGGUCCUUCACGCCCUUCAUCGGACGACGGCCGGGAUCGUCCGCGCAAACUUCGAGCCGGCCCGCGCUCGAGACGGCGUCCACCGCCGCGUCCACGUCCGCGCCGUCGUGGAAGGACGAGCCGGCGAUAGGACCGCUCGGCAUCGAACGCGCGCACCUUCCCCGGCACGUCGCCGUCAUCAUGGACGGCAACGCGCGGUGGGCGUCGGAGCGCGGCGUCGCCGUCGCGACGGGCCACGAGGCGGGCGUGGACACCCUGCGCACGAUAGUCAGAUGCUGCGGCGCGUGGGACGUCGCCGCGCUCACGGUGUACGCCUUCUCGCACGAGAACUGGCGCAGGUCGAGGAGCGAAGUGGAGCACCUCAUGUCGCUGCUCGAGCGAACGCUCGUCGCCGAGCUCCCGUCGCUCGUCGACGAGGGCGUCCGGGUGACGGUCAUGGGGGACAUGGGGAUGAUCGAUGCGAACCUUCGCGCCGCCAUCAACGACGCCGUCGAUGCCACCAGACGAAACACCAAGCUGAGGCUCAACGUCGCGCUCUCCUACGGAGCCAGGCAGGACAUCGUCAACGCGGCGCGCCUCCUCGCGACGGAAGCCGCCGCGGGGUUGAUCGACCCGGAGGACAUCACGGAGGACGUCCUCGGCGAGCACCUCGCGUCGAGGACGUUACCGGCGGAGGUGCGCGAGCCCGACUUGCUCGUCAGGCCCGGCGGGGAACGACGGGUGUCCAAUUUUUUGCUGUGGGAACUGGCGUACACGGAGCUUUAUUUCGCGGAUCGAAUGUGGCCGGACUUUGGGGAGCGGGACUUUCGCGAGGCGCUGGCGUGGUACGCGGGGCGGCAGCGAAGGUUCGGGAGCAGGGGAUAG